AUGGGAGGUAUAGCAGGUAUAGCAGGUAUAGGAGAUAUAGGAGGAAUUGGCGAUAUAGAUGAAAUAGGCGAUAUAGAAAAUAUAGUAGGUAUAGGAUGUAUAGAAAAUAUGGAAGGUAUAGGAGGUAUCGGAUAUAUAGGCAGUGUAGGAGUUAUAGAAGAUAUGGGAAGUAUACGAGAUAUAGGUGGGAUACUAGAGAUAGGAGGUAUAGGAGGUAUAGGAGAUAUAGAAAAUAGAGAAGGCGUAGGAAGUGUAGUAGAUAUAGAGUGUUUAGAAGAUAUAGGAGUUAUAGGAUGUAUAGGAGGUAUCGAAAAUAUAGGAGUUAUAGUAGAGAUAGUAGGAAUGGGAGAUAUAGAAGAUAUGGGAGAUAUAGAAAAUAUAGUAGGUAUAGGAGUUUUAGGAGGU